UGGAUGAGAAAAUGAUAUUGAUCCCUUCGAUUGAAAAAAACAAUUGCGUGUGAUUUGUGGACUAGUAAACAUAUAUCAUUUCAUUCAAUCCUCGGUCGACCCGACUCGACUCGACCCGACCCUGCCCAAACCAAGCACCAAAGAUGAUGUUAGAGAAUGGAGAGGAGAGUGCUGUAGCUGUGAAUUGUGAUGUACGUAUAAAGGUGUAUACAAACAUACACAACCACCGUUUAACCGUUAAUUGAAUAUAUACAAAGACAAAGACAAAGACACCUCUUCCGAUCUUCAUUUCUUGAAGCAAACGACGACGUUAACUCCUACCCCACCCUACCAAUACAUUUCCUAGUUGUUGUUGCUUCAGAUCUCUACCUUCUUCUCCACUAGUAGUUAGGGUUUCAUUGUCUGAUCUCGCUUUUCUAUCUAUAUUAUUAGUAUUUCUCCAACUUAUAUACAUAUACUUGAGGAGAUUCGUACUUGUACAUCUGGAUAGAUCGAAUCAUCGAUGCGAAAAUUGAACUACGCAUCGUGAUUUGAUUUGGGUUUCUUCUGCUCUGUUGUUAAGGCAUUGGCGAUUCCCGAAUUGAAAUCCGCUUGUUUCAAUCAAAAUGGUGGCUUCUGGACCUCUUACACCUGGCCAGGUGUCCUUUUUGCUUGGAAUCAUCCCUAUAUUUGUCUCUUGGAUUUAUUCUGAGUGGCUUGAAUACAAGAAGUCUUCUUCCCCAUCUAAACUACAUUCAGACAAUAGUUUGGUUGAAUUGGAAACUGUGGUAACUAAGGAAGAUGAUCGAGUUGUUUUGCUUGAAGGAGGCCUCACAAAGUCUGCAUCAAUGAGACAACCUGUUGCUUCCAUUAAAGCAAACUUAAUUAGAUUUGUUACAAUGGAUGAGUCCUUUUUACUUGAAAAUCGAGCAACCCUAAGGGCAAUGUCAGAAUUUGGGGGAAUUAUAUUCUAUUUCUACUUAUGUGAUCGAACCCAUUUGAUUCCAGAAUCUACAAAGAGCUACAAUCGGGAUCUUUUCCUGUUCCUAUACAGUCUUCUUAUCAUUGUUUCAGCAAUGACUUCUCUUAAAAAACAUGGUGACAAGUCAGCAUUUUCAGGAAAAUCAAUACUUUAUCUCAAUAGACAUCAAACAGAGGAAUGGAAAGGAUGGAUGCAGGUUCUGUUUCUAAUGUAUCAUUACUUUGCUGCCACUGAGAUAUACAAUGCCAUUCGUGUUUUUAUUGCUGCAUAUGUCUGGAUGACUGGUUUUGGAAACUUCUCCUAUUACUACAUCCGAAAAGAUUUCAGUGUUGCAAGAUUCUCUCAGAUGAUGUGGAGGCUGAAUUUUUUUGUGGCAUUUUGUUGUAUAGCUCUUAACAAUGAUUAUAUGCUGUAUUAUAUUUGCCCUAUGCACACUCUUUUCACUCUUAUGGUUUAUGGAGCACUUGCUAUUGGAAGCAAAUAUAAUGAGAUAAGAUCAGUGAUGAUUACGAAGCUCAUUGCAUGCUUUCUUGUGGUCAUUUUGGUGUGGGAAGUUCCUGGAGUAUUUGACUUAGUGUGGGGCCCUUUUGCAUUCAUAUUAGGUUACAGUGAUCCUGCAAAACCAGAUCUCCCUAGAUUACAUGAGUGGCAUUUUAGAUCUGGACUAGAUCGAUACAUCUGGAUUAUUGGAAUGAUUUAUGCAUAUCUUCACCCUAAUGUUGAAAAGUGGAUGGAGAAACUUGAGGAGUCAGAUAGCAAGAGGAGACGCACUGUUAAGGCAUCCAUUGUUUCUGUAGCUGUUUUGGGGGGUUAUAUGUGGUAUGAGUAUAUAUACAAGUUGGAUAAGGUUACAUACAACAAAUAUCAUCCCUACACAUCAUGGAUACCUAUAACUGUCUACAUUUGCUUGAGGAAUUUCACUCAACAUCUUCGUAAUUACUCAUUAACUCUAUUCGCGUGGCUUGGUAAGAUCACUUUAGAGACAUACAUUUCUCAAUUCCACAUCUGGCUAAGAUCGGAUAUCCCCAAUGGACAACCAAAGUGGCUUCUCUCAUUCAUCCCAAAUUAUCCAAUGCUCAAUUUCAUGCUUACAACCGCAGUCUAUGUCUUGAUAUCUUGUAGGCUGUUUGAAUUGACAAACACAUUCCUCAAUAACUCUGGCACGAUGGGGGGUCCAUAUUUCUUGUUUACAAACACGAAACAAAUAUACAUGGAGCACAAAAAUCCAUCUAUACAUCUAAACUUGAUACGUGUCUCCAACAAUUUUGGAGAAAAUCAUGACCGUUGAUUUCCAAUAGUCUGUUAUUUGGAUGCUUUCGCCCUUAUGAAACGUUAGCAAGCAAUUAAGAUGUCAUAGUAAAAAAGUAAAUUCUUUUGUAAUUUUUUCAAUUUGUGUACUUUAUUAGUUUGUUGAAAAUGAAGCCAAAAAAAAAACAUGUAAGUAUUUGUAAUUUAGAUCUGUGGGAAAGUAUUUGGAAACAAAAAAGGAAGCCAUUGGCUCAUGUUUUGUAUUGCAUUAUUAAAGGUUCAAUAUCAUGCUUUUAGCGUUUUUUCCUAAAUUAGUAAUUUUCUCUUUAUAUUUGUUUAUACAAAAGGUGCAAAAUAGUACAACGGGUAUGGGAGUCUAUUUGGUAAUUUAAUGAGAAUUGCUUAAGGGUUUCAAGUUGCAUGGAUUUUAUAUGUUUUUUUUAUAAUGAAAGAACUAAAAUUUGGG